CAAUUGCUGAUCGGAUCGCGGCCGCUGGAAAUCUGCGUGACUGCGUCUAUACUGCGCAGGCACGAGCGUUUGUGUUGCGGCGAGGUUUUCGUGCGGCCGCUGCGGUGACAAGCAGGUCCUCCCUCAAGCUCGCGGCGGAUCAGCGACCGAUCGACCCGUCUUCCUCGGUUCCUCAUCCAUCCCGGGCAUCCGGAUUCCGGUGAGCGGAGGAAGGCGCCAUGAAAGCUGCGGAGGACGCCACGCGCUGCCCUCAGAUCCCCCGGCGUUGCCACCACUGUGCCGGGCCACUCUCCAAGGACAUGGAAACGAGCAGCUGGACAGUACCUCCGUUGGUUCGAGAUAGCUUCUCCAUGAUUGGUUCGGCUCUUGGGGGUAUAGCAGGAGCGUUUUAUGGUUUCAACCAUGUUAUGCCUGUUGUUCGACGUCACAUUAAGGGCCCAAUGUGGAUGCAUUUUUUUGUUGGUGCACCACCAGUUAUUGUGUUCUCUUCUGCAUGUGCUGGAUUAGCAGGUGGUACAAUACCAGCCACCGCACAGCUGGUUUCAUCAUCCUGUCAUGCCGUGUCAUCGCACUCCUUUGCCCGCUCUUCGCGUGUACCAACACAUGCACCCUCCUUCGCCCCCGCUGCAUCUCAUGACGACAUGCGCAAGACAAGAAGCUCCUCACCGUUGUAAGUUAUCGGGUACAACAGUUCCUCUACAUAACUCCGCCUGCCUUGAGAAACUACCCUAUUAUUUAACUAUGCAAGACUCAUCCCAUCCUACUCUAUCAAACACGAAUGUUUUAUCGCUCCUUGCCCUGUUUAAUCAGGGAUGCCACUGUACAUGGUAAAUUUCUCUCUCUCGUGGACAGAUGCUACACGUGCCCUGUUUAUAAAUUUUGGAUAUAUCUUGAUGUAUAGCUAGCAUUGGGCAAUGUUUCGUGGUUCAAUAAAACUUCGUGACGUGACCAGUGUUACACUGAGCUGAUGUUCUUUUGAGACAUUCCAGCCCUCGAAGAUAUUGUUUUGCUCGAUGGCAUUGUGACUGCAUUCAGUAUUUACAUGAAAAAUGCCAGCUAUUUGUUAUUGGUUGA